UGAUGUGUCUCAUAAUUCAACUACUGUUAACAUUACUACAUAUCAUUAACUACAUCGUAUCUCGCUUAUUGUUUUUCUCGUUUCUCCUUUUAUUCGAAAACUUCGGUCUUUUCACAAUGUCCACAUCACCAAUUAAUUAAGUUGCUGAUUUAUUUAUUGCCUGAAACAACCAUCUUCUAACAUUCGGAUUUUCACUUUAUUACUUUUACGGAACAAUCAACCAACCUAUCAGUGAUAGGUUCUGGUAACCAGAAACCCUACAGUCCAGAGUAAAAUGCACUCGAGUUGCAAAAUAUACAAGCCGACAAAACUGAAUGGAGUUAAUAUCAUCGAGUUGCUUGCCUACCGCCCAUUAGAAAUUACCAAAUAACUGGAACAGUACUGAAACAACAAGAAAAGAUUGCAAAGAAAUCAAUCUGUUUAUACAAGCUCGUGUCAACGAUUUUGGAUAUUGGACAUAUUAUCAGUUGUUCACCUUUUUUUCAUGUUUCUAGGCCUCUACUUAAUAAUAUCAUUUGCAUCUUCUAUAUCGUUCACAACUAUUUGAAUCAGAUGAGUCAUUUAGGGAUAUUGACCUUCAGAGACCCGCCAAGGAAAAAAAUUGUGGAAUAGGAUGCCAAGAGAUUAUGACAAACGCCCUCGAUCAAGAUCUCAUGACCGAUACAGGGAUCGUAAUGAUAAUUGUGAGCGUUCUCGUAAACACCGAGAAGACUACCAUCGAAGAGAUCGCGACCACGGAUACGAUUGUGAUGAAAGAGAUGUAGAAAGAAGCCGAUACCGACAUGAAAAAGAAAAACGCAGAGACCGUGAUAGUCGACGAAGACAUGAACAAAAUCAUAACGACGAAAGAUGGAAGCGUCGUACACGCUCUAGGAGCCCCAUGUCUACAGCUGAAACAGAAACCGUGGAGUAUGAAGAGGCAGAACCAACUGAACCUGUAACCGAAGAGGAGGCAGGAAUGAUGCGCACUAUGGGUUUCUGCAAUUUCGGCACAACAAAAGGAAAGCAUGUUAUUGGUAACAGUGUUUAUGUGGCAAACAUAGCAAAACAGCGAAAGUAUCGUCAGUACAUGAAUCGUCGUGGAGGUUUCAAUCGUCCGCUCGAUCCAGUUGCUUAAACAUUAUGAUAUUUGUAUAUAUUCUCAUAAAGCCUGUCAAAACGCACUCAACAUAACGAGAUGUAUUGAUAGGAAGUAUAACUCGUACAUUUACAAAAAUUGUAAUGUGUAUUUCACAAAGUAAGAAGGGCCAAUUGCUGCGUAGGUAUAAUAGAUGUAUUUGUUGCGUUGCAAGGUGAAACACUUGCUAAGAAUAAAUCAUACUUCGCUUUUCGGGCAAGUGUUAUUUGAAAAAAAAAGGCAAUCUAGCAUUCGAAGCUCAACCAACAAUUUAAAAAUACGCAAUUACAAAUAAGGCUAGAUUCUUUUACAGAAAUUGUUCAUUUGAUUUCGAUCAUUAUGUAGAAACUAUAUCAAGGAUAAAUUAAUAUAUUUGUAACAUCACAAUGAGUUAUUUGUUCUCCGAAGAAGUGGCUUACACUGAGUCACGAAACAUCAGAAAAUCUAAUUUCCCUGCUCAUUGGGAUAUUACAAAUAUAUUAAUUUAUUUAUAACAAUCUAC